CCCCGCACAGACCCCGCGCGGUGCCGCCCGGCCCGGCCCGGCUCGGAUGCCGCCAUGGGGAGCCGCUUCUCCAGCAUCCCCGCGCUGCCCCGCGGCGGCCAGGGCCGCCUGCACCGCGCCCGCCACCACCGCCUCAAAGAUUCCAUUGGUGGGUCGUUUUCAACUUCCUCCCACAGAUGCCACCACAAGCAGAAGCACUGUCUCCCCAUCCCACAGUGUGGAACUCUGUCCAUCAGCCCUCUGCUUUUCCAUCCUCACACGAAGGGAUCCCAGAUCAUCAUGGACACAACACAGAAGGCGGUGAAGCGCCAGGCUAGCUUCUGCAAUGCCAUUACCUUCAGCAACAGGCCCAUUGUUAUUUAUGAACAAGUCAGGCUUAAGAUCACUAAAAAACAGUGUUGCUGGAGUGGGGCUCUUCGACUUGGCUUUACUUCCAAGGAUCCAUCGAGGAUUAACCCUGAGACUCUGCCGAAGUACGCGUGCCCUGACUUGGUUUCCCAAAGUGGGUUUUGGGCCAAGGCUCUGCCAGAAGAGUUUGCAAAUGAGGGAAACAUCAUAGCCUUCUGGGUGGACAAGAAGGGACGGGUUUUUUAUCGGGUGAACGACUCCACUGCGAUGCUCUUCUUCAGUGGGGUGAGGACGGCAGAGCCCCUCUGGGCUUUGAUCGAUGUCUAUGGACUCACCCGUGGAGUGCAGCUCUUAGACAGUGAAAUCAUCCCUCCUGACUGCCUGCGGCCCCGCUCCUUCACUGCCAUCCGCCGGCCCUCGCUGCGGCGGGACACAGAGGACACGCGUCUCUCAGUCAGCCUGUGUGACCUCAACCUGCAGGAGGAGACCUUCCACGUGACAGCCACCACGUGUCCUAUCCCACAGAACUCCCUCAACUCCCAGCACUCCCACCUCCUCCCCUCCCAGCUGGAAAGCGACCUCCGCUUCCACCACCUCCGGGGACCCCAUGUCAAAAUCCUCGAUGACCAAACUGUGGCCCGUCUGGAGCACGCCCGGGAGGAGAGGACUUUGGUUUUCACCAGCAGGCCCCUUCGGAUCAAUGAAACCAUUUUCGUCAAAAUCAACAAGUCCAACGCUGUGCGCACAGGGACGCUCUCCUACGGGGUGACGUCCUGCGACCCCAGCACCUUGCGCCCCAGUGACCUCCCCUAUAACCCCGAGUCUCUGGUUGACCGAAAGGAGUUCUGGGCCAUCUGCCGAGUGGUGGUGCCUCUCCAGAGUGGAGACAUCCUGGGAUUUACGAUGAAUUCAGAUGGUGAGCUGCACUUGAGUCACAACGGUGCCGGCAUUGGCAUACAGCUCUGUGCGGACUGUUCCCAGCCCCUCUGGAUGUUCUUCGUUUUACACGGAGCAAUCAUGCAAAUUCGAUUGCUGGGUUCCACCAUAUUAGCAGAACGGCUGGGAUUGUCCACACCAAGCUCGCCCACAUCAACACCCAAUUCCCCCACUGUCCUCUGCAGUGGUGUCUCUGGCCCCUUAUUGUCUACAUGUGGCUCUGGCCCCCUCUGCAGCUCUAUCAGUGGCACAGCUCCCAACUCUCCAAGCAGCUUGCCUGAGUCACCGAUUUUCUCAUCCGUCUCAGGGCCCUGGGUAGAUGAAUGCACCAUCUGCUAUGAGAACAUGGUAGACACAGUCAUUUACUCCUGUGGACACAUGUGUCUCUGCUAUUCAUGUGGGCUGAAGCUGAAGAAGAUGGCCAAUGCUUGCUGCCCCAUUUGCAGACGGGCCAUCAAAGAUAUCAUCAAAACAUACCGCAGCACUUAGAGUAACAGCUGAUGCUGUGGUGGGGACUGGGCAGGUCGAGAGGAGGCCAUGAAACAGCACAGGUCUUGGUCUCUAUUCAUCACCCAGGAGAUUCAAAAACUGUCACUCAUCAUCACCCUGAUCCCCUCUUCAAUGGACAACCGAUGAGACAAGCUCACGUGCUGCUCAUAUACCCUCCAAUCAAGCCCUGGGGCUGAACUCCAGUGGGUCAGGGAAGUUGCGAUGGACUACUCUCCCUUGUGGAUUUUCAACUUUAUCUCAACAAAAGCCAGCUGGUGCAAUCAUCCCUUUUCUAGACCGUGCACAGCAGAGGGGAGUCUCCACUGUUUAGCAAAUACAGCUAAGUGGUAAAAGGUUCAGUGCUACACAUCUCCUUCUAGAGGCACCCCACGUGCAGAGACAGCAGAAGAGAAGAAACAAGCAACAUGUUUGUGUGUACAGCCAGCCUGACCAUAGGAGGCCCCUCAGGAAGGAUGGAGCAAGGCAAGCUUUGAACCAGUGAGGGAGGUGCAGUGAGCACACUCACAGCAGAAAGGCUGUGCAGAAAAGAACCCAAGAUUUGUGAAGCAAAACCCACCUCAGCAAAACCUACCAUGAAGCAAUGCCCACAGACAGAAGAGCAGCCCCAUGGCAGCCCCUUGAGGGCUGCCCCCCCCUUCCUGACAGAGGCAUUCAGGGUAGGUUUGACUACCCAAUAAUGGCAACAGCCUUGCUCCCUCCCAGUAGCAUCCAGCCACCUCCUAUCACCAUCCCCUUGCAUGAUGAGCGGCUCUCAACCCCCACCACUACCAAUUUGUGUGCAGUCUCCACACAGCACAAGGGAUUCAGCAGCAUCUCUCUUCCCACAGGCCUGUUGGGAGAGGGAGACAUAUCUCCCUCACCUCUCUCCCACUACCAUCCAGACAGCACUUGUGAGGAAAACCCCCAGCCUCACCACGGAAGAAUGUAUAAACCCACAUGUCUGUGGGUUUCCUUUACUGGUAACUUUAUCACUGUGCUUUAAGACAAAACCAGCCAGGUGGUACUCAGCCCUUCACAGCCACACCGGCAGGACACGGCUGUCCUUACGUGUUAGGAAGAAAGGAAUGGAAAAAACCCACAAAAACAACCAAACUUGAGGGGUUUGGUUUGCUUUGGUUUAUUAAAACAAAUCCCCUUCCCUCCUUCAGAUGGGAACAUCCUGUCCCCCAGUGGGGAGAAUGGCAACCCCCAUGGUUUCUUUGUAAAGAGCUGCUGCUCUGCCAGGGCUGUGGGGCCUGACCCACUGGAGCUGGGUGGCUUGGCAGCAUCAGGAGCUGCCUGUCUCCCCUCCUGACCCAUCCUGCUGCCUUCCAGGGCUGCAGGGGAGGGAGAGACUGUGUCUGGGUCCUGAGGGGAGAUCAGGGCUGGAGCACCACAGCAGUAGAGUUUGUCCCACCAUGUUGCCCAUCUGGCCAGACCAGGGAAGGCCAUGGAGUUGCACCCUUCCAGCUGAGCUUUUCCUUGCACACCAGCAUAUGGCCAUUGAUGGGACAGAGGGGAAGAGCGUGGUGGGGGGCUAACAGCAUCUAACUUACACAGUUGUUUGCUGCAGGGGACAUCAUGUCCCACAUGGCAGGAGGUGGGUGAAUGACCACUGGCAGAGGCUGCUCCUAAAACUGCCUGGAAAACACAUCCUCGUUGUCUUCUUGAGGAGAUGAAAAAAGGGACUACUGGCUGAGGAGCAUAUUAUAGAGCCUUUCUCUGAAGGUGCCACCAUCACUACAGCUUACCAGGGGGUCUGCAGCUGCCCCCAGCCUGCCCAGUGGGCAGCACUAACUUGAACGCUGAUACUCUGGGUUACAGGGAUUUAUUUCUUUGCAUACCUCUGAUGUACAGCCCCAACCCAGCCCUGUCCCCCGGACCAGCUGUCGAAAGCUCCAGAGCAUCAUGGCUCUCGUGCAGGAGAGCCAGUUGGCACAAGUCUGGGGGAAGUCAGAGCAGCCAUGCCAGGAGCACGGCUGGUCCGCAGGCAGGCAGCCAGCCUCCAGCUUGCCUGGGGACAGAGCUGUGACCAGUGCACACAGGAAACCUGUUUCAGUAGUUAUACAAACUCCAGUGCAAGGAUUUCAGAAAGGAAGAACCCAAGGGGCAAGAAGGUGUUGAUUAAAUAGUGGAUGUGGGGAAAUGUGCAAUAAGCAGCCUCCCGAGCCUUCACCGCACCAGUGGGACCAGUUUCCCUCCGUGUAGGGCAAGCCAAGGGGUAAACUUUAUUUUUCAAGGAAGUCCAUCCAUGAGUACCAGUGCAGUGGUGUGAAUUCCCUUUUCACCUUUUGAAUUGAGAGUGUUUUAAUAUAUUAACUGUGUUUGUUUUACUGUGGACCAAACUCUAGGAGUUAGUAGAAGCUGAAAGCUCCCCCAGCAUCUGAGCUCAAAAAUUGGGGUUAAGUCCUGCUCCCAUAUCAGCUGCCUCCAGCUGUAAGUAGGAAGGAGAACAAGGCUCUCUUCAGGGAGAGGAAAAAAAAAAAAAAACCACCAAAAACAACCAGCAAAACCAGUAAAAGUAACAACAAUCCUAAUCUUUUGUUUUGUUUGACUGGUGUAGGUUCCCAUGUACCUCUGUGUUCUUGUGUCAUUUGCAUUUCAUUGCUUUACUUUAAGAUGUUUUGUGUUCUAAGAGAAGAAUAACUCAUUGUGAAAAAUUGGAUAACUGUGAUCGUGAAUAAAGUUGAUUUAGAUAUCCUGCA